CCCCCCCUCCCCUCCCACUCCCGCUUCCAUCCCCUCACCCACCACUGCCUCCCUGGCACCUCUUUUCCGACCACACCAUGCUCUUCUCCCGCCUCGCCGUCCACCGGUGCCGAGUCGCCGCUGUCUCGGCCACACUCACCGAGGCGACGUCGGCUGGCAGCAGCAGAGGCAAGAACAGGAGCAGACGCAGUGCAGCUGCGGUGACGUUGGCUGGCAGGCGAGAGACACCAGCAUGUGGCGGAGCAAUGACAUCGACCUCGCUGGGCGCAUCGAUCGGAUCGGUGCGGACGUUUCUCGAAUAUCUCCGUGGCGGCGGCAGCCAACCGCAAUCAGACGGCCCGCGCGGCGACAAGCACCACUCGGAGACCACUGUGGUGCCGUACUCACGCGAGCUGGUCUUUGACGUGGUGGCGGAUGUUGAUCGGUACAAGGAGUUCAUUCCGUGGUGCAGGUCGUCGCGGACGCUGCCAUCGACCCAGGCGCGCAGCAAGGAGACGCCGCAGGGCGCAGAGCUUGUGGACGCCGAGCUAGUCAUCGGCUUCCCGGGCUUCUCCGAGUCGUACGUCUCGCACAUUGUCCUCGAUCGGCCGAACGCCAUCGUGGUCCGUGCUCAGCGCGGCCUCCUCUUCAACCAUCUUGUCACCGAGUGGGGCUUUGCCGACGGCGAUGCGCCCAACACCACCCUCGUCACCUUUUCGCUCUCUUUUGACUUUCAAUCUGCGCUCCACCGCCGCGCCGCCGACCUCUUCUUCUCGCAAGUAGUUGAGACCAUGGUCUCGGCCUUUGCUUCCCGCUGCGCCGAUCUGCACGGCCCGCCGACGCCACCGCGACCGCGAGCUGUGAUAAAGCCGUAACCACCAGCG